AUGUCGGACAGCGAGGUCAAGAUCGGCAGCUACUUGCUCGAGCGCCUGGCGCAGCUGGGCACGCACAGCGUCCAGGGUGUUCCGGGCGACUUCAACAUGGGCUUUCUCGAUCUCAUCGAGGACCACGCCCAGCUGCGCUGGAUCGGCAAUGCGAACGAGCUCAAUGCGGCGUAUGCCGCAGACGGGUAUGCGCGCGUCAAGCGCACGCUCGGCGCCGUGGUGACCACGUUUGGCGUUGGCGAGCUGAGUGCGCUCAACGGUGUGGCCGGCAGCUUCUCGGAGCGUCUGCCGGUGAUCCACAUUGUAGGCGUGCCCUCCACGGCGGCACAGGGCAGCCACUCGCUUCUGCACCACACGCUCGGCGACGGCCGCUUCUCGGCAUUCGAGAAUAUGAGCAAGGAGAUCUCGGUGGACAGUGCGGUGCUCAAGCAGAAGGAGGGAGCCGGCGAGGCCAUUGACCGCAUCCUCGUAAGCGCGAUGAGCAAAGCUCGCCCCGUCUACCUUGCUCUGCCUACCGAUCUGGUGCAUGCCACCAUCCCCGCGGGCGCGCUCAAGACACCGAUCGAGUACAGUCCGCCAGCCAACGACGAGGAUGCGGAAAAGUACGUGCUGGAUGUGGCUCACAACCACAUCGCCAAGGCCAAGAGUGCCGUCAUCCUGGUCGACGCAUGUGCGGCGCGCCAUGGAUGCAUCGAAGAGUCGCGCGAGCUCAUCGAAAAGUCGGGCCUGCCCGUCUUUGCCACGCCCAUGGGCAAGGCUAUCAUCGACGAGGACCACGCACAGUACGGCGGGAUCUACGUGGGCAAUCUGACCACCGAGCCGGUCAAGCAGGUGCUCGAGUCGGCCGACGUACUCAUCAUGCUUGGCUCGCUCAAGAGCGACUUUAAUUCGGGCAACUUUAGCUACCGCACGCCGCGGUCGCGCACCAUCGAGCUGCAUUCGGACUACACCACCAUCGGCUACUCGCACUAUCCAGGCAUCGGCAUGAAGCGCUUGCUGCCCAAGCUGAGCGCCAAGCUCGCUGCGGGCGGGGAGAAGCGCCGGGAGGAGACGAUGCAGGUGGUGCCCAAGUUCACCAACGUGCUGCCGGACGAGAAGGGAGAUGCGAUCAGCCAGGCGUGGUUGUGGCCUCGCAUGGGUAUGUUCUUCCAGCCCAAGGAUCAGGUGGUGGUGGAAACGGGCACGUCGAGCUUCGGGAUGCUCGAGGCCAAGCUGCCACGCGAGACGCGCUGGGUAUCUCAGGUGCUUUGGGGAUCCAUCGGCUGGUCGGUGGGUGCCACGCUCGGUGUGGCGCUCGCCGCACGCGAACUGCAAAUCGGCCGCACCCAUCUGUUCGUCGGCGACGGCUCCCUCCAGUUGACAGUGCAGGAGGUGGGCACCAUGAUCAAGCACGGCCUCAACCCGUACCUGUUUGUGCUCAACAACGACGGCUACGAGAUCGAACGCCAGAUCCACGGCCCCCAGCGCAGCUACAACGACAUCCAGCCUUACGACCACUCGAUCCUGCUCGACUUUUUCUCGCGCCCCAAAAACGCACCGCAGUCGCAAGAGGAGAGCCACAGCAGGGAUCCCAAGCCAAGCAACAAGCAGUACUACGCGGUCAAGACAAAGAAGGAGUUGGACGAGCUGCUGAGUGAUGCGCACUUCAACACGCCGGAUCGCAUCAGGCUCAUCGAAAUCUUUGUUCCGCGCGGUGACGCACCCACUGCUCUCAAGCGCCAGGCCGAGGCGACUGGCUCAGCCAACAAGUACGACUAG